CCGCGACAACGUCCACCGAGCAACUCGGACAAGUGUGUGUUUGUUUGACGUGAAUUUGAGUUUUUUUUUGGAAAAAAAUCAGAAAGGGAACUUGAAAAACAACAUGGAGCCCCUACAAGUAGACGUGGUGCACUUCUACCCCAAAGAAAACGCGCAACCUCACAACACACUCAAAUUCGAGGUGGUGAACGAAGAGUAUCCCACGGUAGCGGUAGUGCGGCGCGGGCAGCCCUUCAGCGCCGUGGUGCGCUUCACCAGGCCCUACGACGAGGAGGUAGAUCUGGUGCAGCUGGUCUUCACGCUGGGUGACAAACCGUCGUUCGACACUCAGGGCUCCGUGUACCUGCGGCGCGACGUGGUGCCCGACAAGCACGCCUGGAGCGCCAAGAUUCUGGAUGUGCAGGAGGACAACACUGUCUCCUUCGAGGUAUCCACACCAGUAACCCUACCUGUCGGCAACUGGGCUCUCCGAGUAGUGACCAGACUGAAAGGCUCCGACGCCCGCGUGAUCUUCGACUAUGAUAAUGACCUCUACAUACUUUUCAACCCGUGGAAUCCUGACGACCAAACCUACAUGGAAGACACCAACCUCCUGCAAGAAUACAUCCAGAACGACAUCGGCAAAGUAUGGGUGGGACCAAUCAGGACCACGCGCGGGAAACCCUGGCUGUAUGGCCAGUUCGAUGCUGUGGUGCUCCCAGCUUGCAUGUUCAUGCUGGACCGUGCGGAAAUACCUUUUAGCCACCGCGGCGACCCAGUGAAAGUGGCUCGCGUCAUCUCCCGAAUCGUAAACUCCAACGACGACGGCGGAGUGUUGAUAGGCAGAUGGGACGGACAGUAUGACGAUGGAACUGCUCCGGCAGAAUGGACAGGUUCCGUGGACAUCCUGGCGCAAUACCUGGAGACGCAGGCGGAGGUGCCAUAUGGACAGUGCUGGGUAUUCGCGGGGGUGGUUACUACAGUGUGCCGAGCUCUGGGCAUACCCUCGCGCGUCGUCUCCAACCUGGUGUCAGCUCAUGACGCGAACAACUCGCUGACAGUGGACAAGUACUACAGCGAGACUAUGGAGGAGCUGGACUUCGACCCCAACAACCCCGCCGGAGGAGCAGACUCCAUAUGGAACUACCACGUGUGGAAUGAUGUGUGGAUGGCACGACCGGAUUUGCCACCAGGCUAUGGUGGCUGGCAGGCCAUUGAUGCGACGCCUCAAGAGACAUCAGAUGGCACCUUCCAAUGCGGUCCAGCGCCGCUGGAAGCCAUCAAGCAGGGUGUGCUUGGUGUCAACUACGAUGUAGAGUUUAUGCUGGCGUCAGUCAACGCCGACCUGAUGCGGUGGAGGAGAGACCCUGAGGCUGAGAGCGGCUUCUCUAUGGUGGAUACAAAUAACUAUCACAUCGGGCGCAUGAUCCUCACAAAGAAACCCUUCGUGUUCGACCCCCUGGGCGACAAAGACAGGAUGGACAUCAUCAGCGAGUACAAGUAUAAGGAGGGCUCCGCGUCAGAGCGACUGGCUCUUAUGAACGGUGUGCGGCACUCUGAGAGGGCUAAAAGGUACUACGCCGUCGCAGCGAACCUGACCAACGACAUCCAGUUCAAACUACGAGACAUCGACGCGGUGCAGAUCGGAGAGGACUUCCGAGUCACUGUGGACAUCGAGAACAAUGCUACUGAGCCCCGGCACAUAAAAGCGGCUCUGUCGGCGACGAGCGUGUUCUACAACGGCGUCAGAUCUGAGGUCAUCAAGAAACAGGAGGGGAAGAUAUUCGUCGGGCCUGGGAAACACGAGGAGGUGAGCAUCCUGAUCACCUCUGCGGAGUACCUGCCCAAGCUGGUGGAGUACUGCAACAUCAAGAUCUCCGCCAUGGCCAUCGUCGACGAGACCAAACAGUCGUGGGCCGAUGACGACGACUUCCAGAUACUCAAGCCCAACAUCAUUGUUAAGUUCGCAGACGACCUUAUCAUCAACCAGCCCACGACCGCUGAGCUGGCCUUCAUCAACCCCCUGGACACCCCCCUCAGCGGGGGGGAAUUCCGCGUGACGUCAUCCGCCAUCGCCGGCCGCACGUUGCGGUUCGGCGCACCCGACGUCGGCCCCAGAGAGAGAGUGGCGGUGGAAGUACCUAUUGUGCCUAAUAAACUGGGAGUGAUCAACAUAGUGACAACAUAUAAAUCAAACGAACUGAAGGACAUCAGCGGUGCCGCCUCCACAGAGGUUAUGGAAGGAUAAACAAAGAUUAAAAAUAUAAUAGAGGAGGGUAAGGCAAGAUGAAAGAAGUUUUGUAAUUUUUAAUCGCUAAUAACUGCCAAAUCAGUUUUACCCGCACAUUAUUAAGUCAAUUUAUAAGUAUGUCGUAGGUUAUCGAGCAAAUGUUAAUAUUUAUCGAAAUCAAUGCUAAUGUCAAUUAAUUUCUAAGAAUCUUUUUUUUUGGUGAUCGUAUUAUAGCACCCAUAAAAAUUUUGAACAAAAUAUUUCUAAACUUGCACCAUACGCCAUAGCCAUAAGAUUACAUUAUAAUAUUUUACACAAAAAGUCAUAAAAUACAUUGUUACCCUUAG